CAGGCCUAGUAGUAUUGCCGCUGGGACUCUCCUCAUCCGCUUUCAAAAAAUUGGAAAUUGGCACAUUUAAACGCCAAAAUGAGCGGGUCGAGGGUCAUUUUUGCGGUGGCCGACACCGGAAUGGGAGGAACCAUGCCAGCAUGAGUGGGCCUUACACAGGCCCUGGCAGGGAGACUCGUCAGUCCAGCUGCCCUUUGACCCCUGGUCGUAACCUCUCCGCCCACUCUUGCUCCCCCAGACACCAUGACAGCAGGAUCAGUCUAACCAUGUCUGCUGCCACCUCCUCCCUCAAACAUGCAUCUGUCUAUGGGUUCACACAAAGGGACCACUCCUCUUCAUCCUCCUCCUCUUCCUCCUACAGUCCCCUCAGGAGGCUGCAGCAUCUCACCAGCAUGGUGAGCCAACCUGACCUGGUGCUGCCAGUGAGGGAGGGGAGGGCACCUGAGAGGAGGUGGGAGUGGGGCACAAGUAAGAAUGACAGGGGGAAGGAGAUGGAAAGGGACUCGUGGACUGAUUGCACUGGCAGGGAUUAUUCUGGCACCCAGAGUAGGGAGGAGAGUUUUGGUAACUCUUCAUCUGCUGGACGAAAACAACCUGACGUCCAGACUGGGAGUAGAAAUGCAUCAGCAGCCAAUCGGAGCGAUCCUGUUGUCUCAGAGAAAAAGACAGAAGGUUGUUUCUCAGGCCCGCCUAGCCCAGCCUUCUCUCUUGAUAGCAACAGUCCAUUUGCUAAUGGCUUCCUCCACUUUGAGUCCUCUUUGUUCGAGGAUGACGAUGACAACAACAACGAGGAAGAGCGAGAGGUUGCGUUGCCCGUUGGAGACUCACGGGACAAACGUGAGAGGGUAGGGAAUCUUCUUCAGUCCACUCCUGGAGACUUAAAUUCAGACUCCAAGGAUGCUACUGUGUCGUCAGCCAAGGUUGUCACCCGGUCCCAGUCCUCAGGUCAGCGCAGGAGAUACUGGGACGGCUCGGAUGACGAGUGGGAGAGCGACACAGAUCUGUUCCUGUUUGAGGAUAGUCCUUCAAGGCAUUUGAUGCCGAACAGCCUCAAGAAAAAGUCUUUGCCGCCUGUGAAGUUUUUAGAGGGUGAAGUUAUUUGGGCAAAGUUCAGCCGAAGACCCUGGUGGCCCUGUGAGGUGAUCGUUGACCCUGCACAGGGAACCUAUCACAGAGUUAAAGAGCCCAGUGAUCGGCCCUGUCGGCUCUACCAUGUCAAGACAUUUGGGGAGCCUGUGGAGUUGGCCUGGGUGGCAGAAAAAUCAGUUCACACUUUCCACGGAGGCUUUGAAUUUGAGCAGCUCUCCCUACCGCGUCAAAGGGGAAAACAAAGGGAGCAGAACUACAAAUACAAUAUUGCUAAACGUUUUCAGGACUCUUGGAAAUCCAGCAUUGCAGAAGCUGAGUCUGUUCUCCCACAGAGACCCAAAAUGGGAUCCUCUCCUCCUUCGUCCAUAGAUGAUGCCUUGCACAACAGUUCCACACCAGAGAACAAGGCCCAUCCAAUCUCUCCUCCCUCCACCUCACCUGUCUCCACUCCUCCAGAGACAUUGCACAUGACCAAUGGAUCUAUUUCAUCCCCUGUUAUUUCAUCCCCAAUACCAGCUCCAACAAAGCCAAGCACUUUAAGGAAAUCUUCUGGCAAGAAGAAACUGAGUAAAUCAUCAAAGAACAUGAGUAGAAAACACUCUAAAAAAAUGUUGCAUAAUAGCCCAAACCAAUUAGAAAGAGACAAUGAAGAGUGUCCAUAUUCUGACCUGGACUCAGUCCCUAAGAUUUUGUGUCCUAAAGCACUUGAACGUCAGCCGAAACUGGUUCCAACCCCGCCGUCCGUUUCGGUUGUCAAAGAGGUAAAGAAGCAGCCAGAGAUUCAGAGCGGUCUGUGGUUUAGCAAAUCGGGCAAAGACAGGCGACCUAAAACAACCAGUCCAAUGCCAGAUCGAACUCUCUUUAGUAAGGUGCCCUGUAAGAAAAAGAAUUCAUCUGUUGUUAGUAAAAAGAUGCUGGUUCCUAGUGUGUCCACCUACAAUGGUGGUCAUGGUGACCAGUCAGGUCUGUCAGACAAGCAUAAGACUCUGGUACCUGCUGAAACAAAUCUGCCACCUGAACAGUCAGGACAUUUGAAGUGUAAAAACACCAUCGUUGCUAAUAGGUCUUCUGAUACAAACGGCAGCCCUGCUGACCAGUCAGGAUUGUCAGACAAGCAGAAGUCCCUGGACUCUGUUGAGAUUGGCAUUCCUUCUGGUGUCAAGUGUGGAUAUUCAAAGGGUAGACAGACAGUCUGUAAUACAACCAGUGCUGUUAGUGGCACGCUCUCUGACCAGUUAGGUAGCUCAGAUGUUAAAAAGACCCAAGAUCCGAGUAAAAAGGCCAGUUUUAGUGAUCAAUCCAGGUUUUCAGAGAGCGUAACGACCAUCAGUCAAACUGAACAUUCUGAUACAAUGGCUAGGAAAAAGGGUUAUGUACAAGACAGAAUUUCAGACCAAAUAGAAGAAAAAGAGGUUAGCAAGCCUCCAGCGUCCAAUUUGAGUGUCGACACUACUGACCCAUUAGCAAGACUAGGGAAGAAAACAUCUCUGCUCUCGAAGUGUAGGUUGCCCUUUGUCAAAUUAAUACGCAAGGACAUAAAGGGUAAGAAAAUCUUAAACUCCAGUGUAAUCAUUAGUUCCAAAGACCAACUUAGAAGUGCAAAGAGUGAAAAAACAUCAGAUAUGAAUGAGACUAAAAUGUCCUCAAAACAAUCAGACUGGGUGGAUGGCAUGGCAAGUGUCUCCAUAAAACAGGCAGUCAGUUCAGAAUCCAAAAAGGUUUCAGUUAAGAAGUUAAAAGCAAGUGGUGGGACUGGUACGCUUCGUCUCUCUUCAGAAUCAUCACAAGGGAAACCUAGUGUGGCAAGUGUGUCUGCUGAUGAGUUAAGUGACACAGAAGCAGAAAGGAUACCAGUGUUAAAUAUAAGCUCAAGUAAUGUGAGUUACUCAUCUUCAAACCAAUCAGACCCGUCAGAAGGUAAGAAGACUACUGCCUCCAAUGUAACAAGCAUGUCCUCUGACAAAUCAGGCAGCUCAGAGCAAAAAACGACUUCUGUUACUAGCCCAGCUCAUAAGACAACUUCUCUGCCUUCUCACCGGGAUGGAAAUUUAGUAUCUAGGAAUGCUCAUGUGCCCGAAGCCCUGUCCUCUGAGAAAUCAAAGGCCAUUGUCCACAAAUCGAAGCAGGUUCCAGGUAAAGUGAAUAAAGUCCUACUACAUGAGCAGCCUGCCCAUCUCCCAGCCAGCAAUCGACUGAUGACCGGAGCUCUGAAGGCUAUGCAGGAGGUUGAAAAGAAGAAGCGUGACAAAGCCAGAAAAGGGGCUGAUCUGUUCAGAAAAACUCAGCGCAACUCUUCGAUGAAUCCAGAUACCAAACUGGACUUUUGCACUAAAUUAAAAUCUCUAAAAUCUCAUUGUAAUGACAAUGGUGAGUAUGAUCAGGACACUUUUUCUAGCUGUAGCACUCCUCCUUUGAUGUUUUCUGACUCAACUGACUUUGAAGCUGAAGUCAAGAGUGAAGAUGAAGACCUUUCAAUAUCCUCAACUCCACCAAUGGACUUUAUGCCCCUCACUUCAAAAGUAAAAGUAAAAGAAAAGAAGGAAGAUCAUUCCUCUGACAUUUGUUCCUCAUCCGCACCUUCCUCACCGUUUUCUUUUAUGAAUGCCUUUAAAAAUGUGGAAGAGGUAUCCUUCCAGUCCUUGACAAAUGAGGAUGAUGGUAAACCCAUCUCUUUCAAACCCGACACAAACUACAAGUUCAGCACUUUUCUCAUGAUGCUGAAGGACUUGCAUGACACCAGAGAGCGAGACGGGGCCCCCUUAGAACUGGAGAUUGGGCCACCAAGUGCACAUGUUAAGAAGGAGCCCUUAGUGAUGCCUGGGGAAGCUACACCCACAGGUCAAGAUCAACAAAGUGAAUGUGUUAAUCACAAAUCAAGUUCAAAUCCAGACAAAAAUGAAGAUAGCACAAGUCAGGUUUCCAAGAGGCCCUACACCAGAAGGGGAAGCUCCACUGGGAUGAAAAAGAAAAUGAACCGCAAAGUGCCUUGCCGUCCUGCCAGGUCUGGACCUGGUUACCCAGGGCUGGAGUCCUCUCCAGAAAUGGCGUCCUUGCCAGGAAUGGAGUUUUCAUCAGAAAUGGAUUGCUCAUCAAGACUCCAGUCCUUGAUGGGUAUGCAGGCCAGCAACUGGGAGAGGCAGGCUGAAAGUGGUGAAGGAGUGAUACGGGAGCAGGAGGAGAAGAGGUGGAGCAGACUAAAUGAGAAUCUACAGAAUAUGGUGCCUUUGGAGCAAAGGGGGUCCGACACUAAGCAAUUUCUGGAGCAGCCGAAUGGUCUUGCUGCUGACCGCACUGAGGAAAAUACCAGCUUGAUGUGCAUUGCUGCAGGAGGCGACGAUGCUCCAUCGGGACAUAAACGAAUAAGAAAACCAAGCAAGAGGCUCAUUGAAUGGACUGAAGAGUAUGAUCAGAUUUUCUCCACGAGGAAGAAAACCAAAAAGCCUCUCCAGUCGAUUGGAAAGGCCAGUCAACCCAUUACCUCCAUGUCCGAACUCCCGGUAUCAGACACACAACACCCUCCAUCUUUGAAUUUACUUCCUGAGAUACAAACUCCACCUCCUGAGGAAAUCCCUGUUACAACGCCCGCUGAACUACAGAUUCCCAGCACUGAAAACACAUCUCCCCAAGAUGCACCGGUGCUUUCCAUCGACACGCUAACCCCUCCACCUGAAGCUGAACCUUCGCUGGCAGAGGGCCCUGUCAAAGACGAUGGAAAGGCUCCUCUGCUGGAGAGAAAGCGGAAGAGGAAACCCACUCAGAAGAUCCUGGAGUACUGUCUGGAGGCCGAGGCCGCCACAGGCCCCAAGAAGAAGGUCAAAACACUGAAGAACAAUUCAAAUCCUGCUCCUCAAUCAGAUUCUGGGCCACAGCCUUUAAAAUCAAAGAGCAAGCAACUUACAGCAUCCAGUUCCCCACCGACCACCCCAGAGGUUCCCACCUGUGCACCCACUCCCUCUAUUCAGACUGAUCCCACUCCCAGCUCUCCUGCUCCCUCCACUCCAGCCCCGCACCCGCCUGAACCCAGCCAGGUUGAGAUGACAUCAGCAGAUGACGAUGAUGCUCCUCAUCCAGAUGAAAAUAAGUCUCAGGAGGUCAAAAAGGAUGCAGUUGAGUCAGAGGGUGACCCGUCCAGCUUGGAUCACAGCUUCUCCUCCAUGAAGGACGACUUAUCGCUGUGCGAUGACCCACUUUUACCUUCGAGGAAGAUCAUAGGAGACCGAGGAGGCCCAGCUUCCAUGAAGGAGAACAUAUGCCAGGUGUGUGAGAAGACAGGAGAGCUGCUGCUGUGUGAGGGUCAGUGCUGUGGAGCUUUCCACCUGGCCUGCAUCUCUCUGGCCGAGGCCCCUAAAGGGAAGUUCGUCUGUCCUGAGUGCAAAUCAGGUAUCCACACCUGCUUUGUGUGUAAGAAGCGCAGUGAGGAUGUGCGGCGCUGUAUGAUUCCAGUGUGUGGGAAGUUUUAUCACGGGGAGUGUAUCGCCAGCUUCGCCCCGACCGCACCUGUGAACAGAGGCUUCCGCUGCUCCAUCCACGUUUGUCUCACCUGCUUCAUCGCCAAUCCCAACAGCUCUUCCAUCUCCAAAGGUCGUUUGGUUCGGUGUGUGCGCUGCCCAGUGGCUUAUCACGCUACAGAUCUCUGCAUGGCGGCAGGCAGCGUUGUCCUCUCCAACAACAGCAUUGUUUGUCCCAACCACUUCACCCCCCGUCGCGGUGUCAAAAACCACGAACAUGUCAACGUCAGCUGGUGCUUCGUCUGCACUGAAGGGGGCAGUCUGCUGUGCUGCGAGUCCUGUCCUGCUGCAUUUCACCGGGAGUGUCUGAACAUCGAGAUGCCUAAAGGCAGCUGGUACUGUAACGACUGCAAGGCUGGGAAGAAACCUCACUACAAGGACAUCCUGUGGGUGAAGGUUGGGCGGUACAGGUGGUGGCCUGCAGAGGUCAGCCAUCCCAAAACGAUCCCAGAGAACAUCCAGCGGAUGAGGCACGAUGUCGGAGAGUUCCCCGUUCACUUCUUUGGCUCCAACGACUACCUGUGGACCUACCAGGCCAGGGUCUUCCCUUAUAUGGACGUGGACGCCAAGAGCAAAGAGAAGAUGGGGAAAGGUGUUGAUGCCACCUACAAGAAAGCUUUGGAGGAGGCAGCUGUGCGAUUUCGUGAGCUGCAGGCAGAGAAGGAGCUUCGGCAGCUUCAAGAGGACAGAAAGAACGACAGGAAACCUCCUCCAUACAAACAUAUUAAGGUGAAUCGACCAAUAGGAAAGGUUCAGAUCUUCACAGCCGAUCUAUCGGAGAUCCCUCGCUGUAACUGUAAGGCGACAGACGAGAGCCCGUGUGGGACGGACUCGGAGUGCAUCAACCGCAUGCUGCUUUACGAAUGCCACCCGCAGGUUUGCCCGGCGGGUGAGCGGUGUCUGAACCAGGCGUUCACCAAGCGUCAGUACAGCCAGGUGGAGAUAUUCAGGACGCUGUCUCGAGGUUGGGGGCUCCGCUGUGUCCACGACAUCAAGAAGGGUCAGUUUGUGAGCGAGUACGUCGGGGAGGUGAUUGACGAGGAGGAGUGCAGGUCGAGGAUCAGACACGCCCAGGAGCACGACAUCUGUAACUUCUACAUGCUAACUCUGGAUAAGGAUCGGAUCAUUGAUGCUGGGCCGAAGGGAAAUGAGGCUCGCUUCAUGAACCACUGCUGUCAGCCAAACUGUGAGACCCAGAAGUGGACAGUGAGCGGAGACACGCGGGUCGGACUGUUCGCGCUCGUUGACGUCUCUGCAGGCACAGAGCUCACAUUCAACUACAACCUGGAAUGUUUGGGGAACGGGAAGACGGUUUGUAAAUGUGGAGCACCAAACUGCAGCGGCUUCCUGGGCGUCAGGCCAAAGAACAACCCUCCAUCUGAAGACAAAGGUCGUAAGCUGAAGCGGAGGGGCCACGGCAAGAAGAAGAAGAAGGUGGUGGUGACCAAAGAAAGAGAGGACGAGUGUUUCAGCUGCGGAGACGGUGGACAGAUGGUUUCCUGUAAGAGACCCGGCUGUCCCAAAGUUUAUCACGCUGACUGCCUCAACCUCACCAAGAGGCCUGCAGGACGUUGGGAAUGUCCGUGGCACCAGUGCGACAUAUGCAGUAAGGACGCGGCAUCUUUCUGCGAGAUGUGCCCCAGCUCCUACUGCGCCCAGCACCGCGACGGCCUGCUUUUCAUUUCCAAGCUGGACGGAAAACUGUCCUGCAGCGAGCAUGACCCCUGUGGUCCCGAACCGCUGGAGCCAGGGGAGAUCCGGGAGUACACCCCUGAACCCAGACCCCUAACCUCAGGGCUGGGCAUGGCCGUCAUCCCCUCUGCUGCUUCUAAUGCUGCCACAAGUGCGAAACCAACCACCAAGAGGGACCAGGAGAUCAGCGCCGGCGCUGGCAUGUGUGCUUCCGAGUCAUUUCCUGAGUUUUCCAUCCCGGUACCCAUCACUAUCCCUGUCUCUGCGCCUCCUGCCUCACCUCCCCCUAGCAGCACGGAUGCUCCCAGCAGCCCGCAUGUGUUUGACCUCCCACACUACUCGCCCAUUUCCUCCUACGAGGAGGAGAGGGAUGUCUUAGAGGAGGAGGAGGAGGAGGAGGAGUUAGAGGAGGUGGAGGAGGACUUAGUGGAAGACGGGAAGCAGAAAUCUGAUUCUCAUGAAGAGGAUGGAGAAGAGGAGGAGGAGGAGGAGGAGGAAUACCUUGAGAUCAAAGAUGAUGAAGACGAGGAGGAGGAG